UGGUCGCCGAGAAGAACGGAAGAUCGAAAAGUGACGAUACUUUAGUCACUCUUCGCACACCGCGGAACUGGACCCAUCAACUUCGUCGUCAUCACCUUCCCGGUCUUAUCGGUCGCAUUGAGAGAAUCGCAACGGGGAAUCGAAUCGAUCCAAAAUGUCGGACCUAGAGUUAUCAAACAUAGAUCAUCUGAUCGCGAUGCUUUUAGAAGUUCGCGGUGCGAGACCAGGAAAAAAUGUUCAGCUGUCAGAGACGGACAUACGGCUGCUAUGCCUGAAGUCGAGGGAAAUUUUCCUCUCGCAGCCGAUACUGCUCGAGCUGGAGGCACCGUUGAAAAUUUGCGGCGAUAUCCAUGGCCAAUACUAUGACUUGCUGCGUUUGUUCGAGUACGGCAGCUUCCCUCCAGAAUCGAACUACCUAUUCUUGGGCGACUACGUUGACCGGGGCAAACAGUCGCUGGAGACGAUCUGCCUGCUGUUGGCGUACAAGAUUAAGUAUCCGGAAAACUUUUUCUUGCUUCGCGGGAACCACGAGUGCGCCAGCAUCAACAGAAUAUAUGGCUUCUACGAUGAGUGCAAACGGCGCUACAAUAUCAAGAUGUGGAAGACGUUCACCGAUUGCUUCAACUGUCUGCCGGUGGCGGCCAUCGUGGAUGAGAAGAUUUUCUGCUGUCACGGCGGGCUGAGCCCCGACUUGCAGUCGAUGGAACAGAUCCGCCGCAUCAUGCGGCCGACGGACGUACCGGACCAGGGGCUGCUGUGCGAUCUUCUCUGGUCCGACCCGGACAAGGAUACAAACGGCUACGGCGAGAACGAUCGUGGCGUGAGCUUCACUUUUGGCGUAGAUAUCGUCGGCAAAUUUUUAACCAAGCAUGACUUUGAUCUUAUCUGCCGGGCGCAUCAGGUGGUCGAAGACGGGUACGAGUUCUUCGCCAAGCGCCAACUGGUAACACUCUUCUCCGCUCCCAACUACUGCGGAGAGUUCGACAAUGCCGGUGCGAUGAUGUCCGUCGACGACACGUUGAUGUGCUCGUUCCAAAUCCUGAAGCCAGCCGAUAAACGUAAGUUCCAAUACGGUGGCCUCAACUCGGGACGGCCCGUUACACCACCGCGGAGCUAUAGUAAAAACAAGAAGAAAUAAUUUAUCAAAUAGUUCUACAAGCAAAUAUUUCACACAACUACAACUAUUGCUACUACAUUACUUCUAUUCACGUACUAUCAAAUUGUGCGGUAUCCAUUCUCUGUUCCGUUUGACCCCACUCCCCAUCCUGCCUCCCUCCGUGUCCCUCCCGCUCCAGGGUCAGCUCCCGGGAACGCUGUCCAACGCUUCCCAACCGUUUCCCUACCGUCCCCGAACUUUCCCGACCCUUUUAAAUCAUUCAAAAAUUUUAUACGCAAAAAUCCGAUCGACUGACAGUCCGAUAUAAUGUACGGACGGGCGUGUAAAGAGUUACGCGAGCGAUCAAAAGGGUAGAAAGAGAGUGACCGAGUGAGGCGUGUGCUGUUGAGGUGGACUGAAGUGUAACAGAUAGAGGCCGAGUGAAAGCAAAUCCCUCCCGGAAUCAAAUCAAUCAAUCCCCCAUCUUGAGGAUUCUCACGUACUCACGACGCCGUACCACCACCACCUUCAUAUGGCCGUACAGAUAACGUACUGCAGGUUACAAAACAGACGAAAGGAGCAAGUACAGUGGGGCGGGCACACGCGCGUGCGCGCGCGCGAGGAUCAUCGCAAUCCGUAAUCGGGGCGCCUCGAUUUGUCUUUAGGAAGGAACAGCAGCAUGCCUAUGCAAAUCGCAGCAUCAUCGUGAUGCUGAAGGCGAUUCUUGACUGUAGUUUAAUUAGAAGAGGACACUACACCACACUAUAGCUAGCAGCAGCAGCGUGUGCAGUGAAGCGAGAAAAUAAACAAACGACGACGAGUGCACAUGCAAUGCCAACAACAACAACGGCAGCAGCACAUGAUAACGGGCAGCCUCGUGGGAGGUUGGUCGGCUGAUAGAAGCGUGUGCGAGAUAGAAUUGCUGAUGAUUGUGCACCGUUACAGUACCCAGGCGUAAGCUACAUACACUUAAAACACCGACAUACACACCCCAUACACUCUCCCUGACUUCCCUGACUUGUUGACGACGUGCGCAUUGGGACACUAAAUGAAAGCAUAACAAUCUUUUUGAUUAUGAUAAUUACCGCGAAAGCACCAGUAACGCAGCUGAUCAAGCAGAGUGGCGCGUGCACGGGUCGAGCCUGCGCCGUUGCUCUCUACUCUGGCACUCAACGCCAGGGCCGAUCUCGUCGAUCUGACAGAGUCUGAGAGCCGUGCAAUGAUCCGCGUCUCCGAUCAUUGACGGCAAAAGGGAAAGACCGAUAUCCCGAUCUACAGAGAGAGAUGGUCACAGGUCGGCAGACACCUGGUUCUAGAGUACCGUGGUAGCGCAGUAGGAGCAAUAAGGAUGUGCCGCGCGGCGCAAAGGCUUUCCGUUUCCCAGCCCACGAGAUUCUUGCGUGUCCCUCAUGCCGCACGGACACCGGGGUGGGAUUGUCUAAGUUAUUGACCGCGGAAAGUAAACCGUUAAACCGAGAGACAUAGGGAGAAGGGCAGAGAGGAGUCUCUGGUCGGGACAAGGAAGGAGCACAGUUGAUUGGUGGUUAGUGGUAGGGAUUGAAGCUGCGCGCCGUAAUUGAUUUAAAAGCAACCAGAAAGAACAACAACAAAAGCAAAAACACACAUAAGUAAGAAUCAAAAUUCAAACAGCAUAAAUAAAACUUGUAUCGAUAAAAAACAACAACAACCAUAGCAGUAAAAGCGACCAUUUUAUCCAUAUUAUUUUGCAU